AUGUAGCAAAUCGAGGAUCAAUACGUGCCAAAUGAGGAAGAAUAUGAACAAAAGGAUUAGACGACGAACACUCGUUUUGGUAAGUUUGUCAAAGAGCAAUGGGAGAAAAUAGAAAAGAAGAAUUUCAGCUAAUUUGAGACAAGAGUCUUGUCUACACUACAAUAAUUGGGUAAUAACAGUGCAGAGGAUUUGAUCGAGAAAUAAGCAGUCGCGGAGGUUGUGCAGAAGGAGAAGGAUAAUAGCAAGUAAAAGGGUGGUAAGCAGAAGAAACCAGAGUAAGCGCCGUAAUAAUAGGAGGUUUAGAAAUCGAAUGUCAUCUACGAAAUUUGUGUGGGUCAAGACUUGUACUUGAAGUACCUGAGACCAAAAUUGGUCGAGUAUGGCAUUCUGAGCAAGAUUGAUGAUGGCAAUCCCAAAUAGGAGGAGAAGAAGCAGGCAUAGGGUAAGAAGGGUGGUAAGAAUGCAGUCAAGAAGGAAGAUUUGAUGCGUAUUGAGUUGUCGAAGGACAAGGUUAAUGAUCAAACGGUGAAGAUGUUACAAUAGAUGGGAUUGAUCAUUUUAAAUCAGGAUUUAAAGCCUAAGGAAAAUGAAUUUCUUAAAACUGAAUAAGCAAGUAAACGUAUCAAAUCCUUGAAAUGGAUGGAACUCAAGUUCUCAGCCUUGAUGAUCUAUGCCACUCAAUUGAUCAAGUGUCACAUCCACUCCAAAUUCAGGGAUGAAUACGCCUUCGAAUUAAUCUAUUUUCUGAAAAAUGUCUAUCUCAACUACAAGGAAUACGAGGGUCAAUCCUAUUUGGAUGAGACAAAGAAGGAAAGAUUGGCACCUCAAGCAGUCGAGGAUCUCAGAUACAAACUCAAAGAGUUGUACAAGAACUUUGGUUUCUCAAACAGAGUCUUGUUUAAUAAGUAUCCAAAAUUGGUCAUCGAUACAGAUUUAAAUCAAGCAUUCAUCAGAACUGAUGUGCGUCCAUAUAAGUCAUAGGAAAACCUCUUGGAAAUCUUGAAGAAAGCAGAAAAGCCCUCCUUGAUCUUCUUUAGUACUAUGGUUGGUACAGGUAAGACUGUGUUGAGUGUGGCCAUUGCUUAAUACUUGGCACGCUUGAGGGAUAGCUAUGCACUUCAAGAAAACAAUGCCUAUAAUUAAUUGAAGAAUCUAGGAUAUAGGAAUCCCAGAGAAGUCUAAUUUUUGUAUUGUUGUCCUUUGGAUACCGUGAGAACCUAAGUAGGUGCUGCUGCGUAUGAGAGGAAAUUGAAAUUUGCUAUUGCAUCCAUGUGGAAGGAUUCAUAGAGUUCCAAGCUGGAUUCUGAUUUAGGAUAUGCUGAAUGUCCAAGAUUAGUCAAUUCCUGGUAAAAUAGACAGGAGGAAUUCCCAACUUUGGUUGUGGCUGACUUCAAGACUACCUUGGAGUUGUUGAAGGAGAAACACACCUUGUCAGAAAGGGAGAAGCAAGUAGUUAGAUGGUAGGGUAAGGAUCGUAAAUUGGUGUCUCAUAAUCCAGCCAAGCAUGGAAAGGAUUACAUUUUGUUUAUCGAUGAACCCACAGUUGAUGCUGAUUUUGCAGAUGCCGAAGUGACCAAGAUAUUGAUUGACAUAAUUCGUCGAGCUCCCCCCAUUACGAUAUUAUCAAGUGCUACGUUGCCACCUCCUGAGAAAAUCCCAAGUUUCAUCAAGCUUUACAGGAAGGCUCAAAUUUCAGAGAUUGAUAUCCCUGUGGUCCAUGAUUCUCAAUUCCAUAUUGGUUGUUAGGUCUUUUCUCAUAGUGGUCACAAGUUCUUGCCACAUUAUUAGGCAUAGAACAAAUAGCAAUUGGCUGAAAUCUUGGAUAGAUUGGAGAAGAACCCAUUUAUGAAGAGGUGCUACAAUGCCAAUGCUUAUUGUGAGUUGUAUGAUAGAAUGAAGGGAUGUGGAAUAGCCAACAUCGAAGAUUUUGAAACAUUCGAUAUCAUCACUCAAGAAUUUGUAUAAAGAAAGAGCAUUGAGUUAUUGAAGAUAUUGUUAACAGUCGAUGAUGAAUCAUUUAAGAAAGUGUGUUCAGAAAAACAGGACGUUGUUCAACUAUAAGAAUUAGCUGAACAAGAGUAAGAGGGAGGAGAAUAACCAUAAGAAGAAGAGGAGGGAGAAUAUGAGUACGAAUACGAAUACGUGUAUGAGGAAGUUGAGGAUACAGGAGCAGUAAAUUAGACCGAAGAUAAUUCGUAAUUACAAUAGUAGCAAUAAUAAAAGCCAAAAUCAAAAUACACAUAUACAAUCGAAAUAGAUGAUGAGGACAAAAUGAAGUUCACAGCUCCAUAUCACAAGUUAGAUAUUAGACAGUUGGGUGGCAAUAUGGCUCAUAAAUUCUUGGGGGGUUGUUUGAUUGCUGUAAACAAGCCAGUCGAGUUCAUCAGAGCCAAAUUCCACAAACUCCUCAAGAAGUGUGCUCCAGCUUCAGAAUACGUGAAACAAUAUCUAAAAUAACACGAGUAUUUGGAGAAGGAAAUCCAGAAGAAGGAAAGAGAAAUCGAUAACGAGGACGAGAGAUCCAAACAAAUCCAAGCCUUACAAGAAGGCAUGAAGUUGACAAUAGCAUUUCCUGACUUCUUGAAAAUAAAUACAUUGGAACAUUACAAAGUAAGCAAUAAUUCUCAAUUAGAAAUUCGUUACCAAUGAUCCCUUGUAUCUAGAACAAUACAGAGCCAGAAAGGCAUUCUCGCUGGAGGGAAUCAACUAUCAACUUGAUAUCCCGGAUGACAUUAUGUUGUAUCUCUUCUCUGGAAUUGCAGCCUAUACAGAAAAGGUAUUUUAAAUUGCAUGAAUCUUUUAUUAGUAAUCCGAAUUGGACAUUGAUUAUUAUGAGGAGGUGUAGAAGUUGGCAUCAAACGGGCAAUUGGCUCUGAUUAUUUCAGAUGAUUCUAUGUGCUAUGGUGUCAAUUACCCCUUGAAUCACGUCAUUGUAUUUGAUGAGAUGGCAGAAAAGCGAUCCGUCGGCGCCUUGUUUCAGUUGAUAGGAAGAGCUGGUAUUGAAGUUAAAUCCAAAGUUUUAUAGGUCGUGUCGGUGUUUCAUGGACAGCCAAUGCAUAUUUGGGGGAUAAGACCUUCGACAGAUUGAUCAAGUAUUUGAACGGGUAGAAUGAGGAGACUGAGAGGGACGAGGCCUUCAACAUCGAAUAGUAAAGUAAGAGAAUGAUUUAACAUCUGAUUGAAUUGGCAAAAAAGAAAAAGGAAUAAUAAUGAACGUAUUAAUACAAUU